AUACCUGUAUUGUCAAAUCUGAAGAAUGGCAACACUGUUUGGGGAUUUACUUCACAAGAUUCAACACCACAGCAGCCAUUUCCAUUUCCAAUCUCAAUUCAUUUAGGGGACUACAACAUGGAUGGCUUCCCUGAUGCAUUGGCAAUACUGAAGAACAUUUCAGGCAGCAACACGCAAGCUUUCCUACUGGAAAAUGUUCCAUGCAAUGAUGCAAGCUGCAGGCCUGUGGGUCGAAUGUUCAAGGUUCUUUGGGAUCUGUCCGAUUUAAAUGAAAUUAAAAAUGCUGUUGUGGCAACCUUCUUUGACAUUUAUGAAGAUGGUAUCUUGGACUUGCUUGUAUUAAACAAAAAUAAGGAAAAACCAGAGUUCACCAUCCAUGCUUUGCGAAAUAACUUUGAUGCUGAUGCUUAUUUUGUGAAAGUCAUUGUUCUCAGUGGAUUGUGUUCCAAUGAUUGCCCACAUAAGGUCACUCCAUUUGGGGUGAAUCAGCCUGGGCCAUAUAUCAUGUACACAACUGCAGAUGCAAAUGGAUACCUUAAAAAUGCAUCAGCGGGACAACUCAGCCAAUCAGCACAUUUUGCUCUACAGCUGCCCUAUGUAGUCCUUGGCCUAGGACGUAGUGCAAACUUUCUCGACCAUCUCUAUGUUGGCAUUCCUCGACCUCAAGGAGAAAAGUCUGUGAGAAAACAAGAAUGGACAGCUAUUAUUCCAAAUUCUCAACUUAUAGUAAUUCCUUAUCCUCAUAACACACCAAAAAGCUGGAGUGCCAAGUUAUAUUUGACCCCAAGUAAUAUUGUACUACUUACAGCCAUAGCCUUAAUUGGAGUCUGUGUUUUCAUUUUGGCUAUAAUUGGCAUUUUACACUGGCAGGAGAAGAAGGCAGAUGACAGAGAGAAACGCCAAGAAGCGCACAGAUUUCAUUUUGAUGCCAUGUGAUAUGCAGUGGUUUAUAAGAGACAAAUGCUAAGUGUUAGAACUCAAAUAUAACUUAUAGCAAAAAAGAUGACUGUUUAAUGUUCAAUUGUACAUAGUCUAACUGCUUCCUGGAUUUUCUUAAGUCUAAUUUAUGGUUUUUGGGCAGUGAUUGCAAAAUAACUUGAGCUGUAUAUUUUGGGGAGUUAAGAAUCACUGAAAAAUAAAUUAUGCACUUCAUUGUGCCAUUGCAUGCAUUUUCAAAAGUUUGUUUUCUAAACAUGGUGAAUCUUUCUGAUGUUAUUAAUGUGGCUCACCAGCCGUGAAAUGUCUAAAAUAAAUGGUCUCUGUGGAAAAA